UUAACCACAGGAACCAAACUUUAGCUAGUAACGUUAGCUGUAUCUGUAGCAUAACAGCUCCGCUAUCGGAAUUCAAAACAAAAGCAGUCGGAAGCACGUUAUCUUGUUCAUCGUUGAUUUCGACGUUAAUAUGAAGCUGCAGGCAUAAUUUAUAAACAAAGUGUUGAGGAAUGGUCUGACUGCAGCAGUACCAGUAAAGAUGCACAGCCGUCUGCAGGAGUUGAAGAAGGAAGAGGAGACUCUCCUUAAAAUCAAAGUCAUGCUACAAGACCAGCUGAACAGGUUGAAGUUUGAAGAAGGGGCCUUGAAAUCGAUCAUUAGUGCUCAAACAGAAGAAGGAGCCUCUCAACGAUCUUCCCCAGAAACUGAGGUUCAUAUUAACCUUGACGAUGAGAGCGAGAUCAAUCAAACCAAACUGCUACUGAAUGCUGCUGUAGAUUUUGAUAUGGAGGAGGAAGAUGAGGAGGAGGAGGAUGAAGAGGAGGAUGAUGAUGAAGAAGAUGACAAUGUGCUCGAGUUUGUGCCUGAGGAGGAUGAGGAGGAGGAUAAUUACUGAGAUUCUCAGUUUUUCAUGGGGCCUCAAUAUUUGCACCACUGAAGAAGAACCACAUGUAAACGGACAUCUGUUGAUUUGUUUACCCGUUUAUCACAUAUGGAGUUUAAUUUAUUUGAAUGGAGUGAGUUACACUUACAGUUUAACAUUGCCCUCUCCUGUGCGUGAUUCGAAGCUCGUCAUCCACAACAUACCAUGUUAGAAUUCAUGUGUCAAAUUUUGUGAGAAAUGUCUCACUGAAAUGCAGUAAGACAGUGUUAUUAGGUGCCUAUAGCUUACUAGACAUAUUUCAUUUUGAGGAUUAGCAUUACAAUGUAUGGCUGGGCCAUAUAAGAAGAUAGUGUGUAUGUAUGAGAUGAUAAUUGUAAGCACAAAAUAAAAUGUUUUGCAUAGCGUU